CAUAUAUCCACAAGAAACUAUGAUCGAUGUCCAUCACAACCAUGCAUCAUAGCUCUCUAAGUCAGUGUUGUCAAGAAAAUAAAAGGCCAAGAACACUGUAGAAAUACAAUCAAUCCAACCCUCGUGCUGCAUGAUCUUCUCUGCAGCUUUCUGGCACUGCAGGAACUUUCGUGCCUCUCUCGUGCUCUGUGGCACACUGUGCAAACCCUUGUUUUUUCUCUGAUCGUUUAGGCGAAUUUGGCAUGGACAGGAAGGAUGGGACGACUUGGGAAGAUGAGCGUCGCCCUCGCGGCCUGCAGCUUUGAGGCGCUUGUUAUGAAAGGGAAAUACAUUUUAGUUGUUGGUUGAGAUGGAUGUGAAGAUCUAUCGAGCUUGGGCUAGACUAUACCAGAUGACUAGAGGGCGUCUUGCUUUUGAACUUCUAGAUUCUAGAGACUCAUGCUCAUCAUUGUUUAUUCUAGGAACUACAUUGAGCUAGGCAAAAAGAAUGUCUUCAAAAAGAACAAACAAGUAUGAAUUACUGAAGGGAAAAAUACGGCGUAGAUACCACGAUCUUCUAGCAUAUUACGACUUCUAACUUCCCAUGAAUGCAAACGCAGCUGUUGCUUUUACUAGAUUAUACCACUUGCGCGAUCCUUUUGUUUAGAGAAAUAUUGAGUCUUUGGUCUUCCUCGGUUCAUCGACAUCAUCAUACUUUCUAACCCCCCACGAUUGCACCUGACGCAGCGACAAAAACCGAUUUUUAGCGAGAAAAAAGACGUGAAAUGCGAAGACUUUCUCCACGGCACUUUCACGACCAUGCCCAUCACCCUAGAGGACAUCUGCAAUGGCGACCGCAACGUGGACAAGGGAAGCAAGAAAAAUUAUGGAGUGAGAUUAUGUAGUGAGGAUAGAUAGUAUCAGGAAAAGCGUACAUGUUAUGACGUAACUGUUCUAAGUAGACUCCCCUAUGGCAGUCUGCGCAGAUCCUUGUGAGAGAUUCAUUGCGUUGGAUUGUAGAAGUUAGACUAUACAUCACCUUUUGUUCUUCAGCUUCUAAGACAUAGUGAUCCAGAACUUUACAGUGCAACAGUACGAGGACAUGAACAAGCAGAUGAAGGCCGCGAAGAGCAAGCUGAGUCCAAAUUAUGACAACAAGUAGUUCGGGAUGACGAAUUUGCCAAAGGAUACGCAACGGGUUACGAUUGUCCUGCCUUUGGGCAGUGGUGCUUGUAGAACAAUCCUUUGGUCGUCAUGCUACAAUGGUAUAAGGAUGUAUUGAGACCGACUAGUCAACUUCUGCCAUGGGGAACAGGUGUAUAAGGUCGUAUUGACGAGACCGACUAGUCAACUUCUGCCAUGGGGAACAGAUGAAAGUUGGUGGCUAGUAAAUGAAUCUAAGAGCUAAAGUUGGUGGCCGCGAAGAGCGGUCCUCCUUGGUAGGUCAAGAAGCUAGGUAUUAUAGUGAUAGAUUCUAUCCUGAUACCGCUGUUCUAAUACAAGAUGUCCUUUGACGCUCUCCGCACAGCAUACAGUCAUGCGGUGAUAGCCGUGAACAAAUUCCGGGAUAAGGCUGCUGGCGCGUGCUGCUAUCAUUAUGGGUAGCUUUUAGGUGUUCGUGUUACCGUUUGUUUUGACUCUCCCAAGGGGGAAGAGCAUAACAAACGGGGCAAGCAAACACCAAGGCCCUACGUCUAAUAUCAGACCCCCUCGAAAGCGCCAAGAGUCUUAUGGUGA